UUUGUUUGUCCACGGAGAGCGUAUGAAUUAAACCAUAAUAACCUUGCUCCACAAGACAAAUCGAUAUCCUUGCACAGACAAAAACUCAGAUCAACUACUGUUCAAUCCGUUCAUCUAGAUGGUAGAUCUUACGGUGAAGACAACGGAUCUCUUAUGGGCUGUCUUAAGAUACUCCCCGACAGUGGCUGUACAGAUGACGUUUGUCCUCUUGGUUAUCAUCGUGACGAUGGUCGCACUAGACACUCUCCGCAUGUGUUUGACCGCCAUCAUGGCCGGUAAUGACUUGAAUCCGUUAGAGGCCUUGUCUCAGGUGGAAGAAGAGCAGAAUUACAAGACAUCUGAAAAGAUUUUACACGAUGUAUCCGAGAUUAGAUCAAAGAUUUCACAAAUUGAGCUUGAUGUUCUGCAAAUUAGGAAAAUAAUUUCUGCUUUACAAGAGAAGAUUGAAAGUCUGGAAAGCAAACAAGAUUCGACUCUCUCGGAACUAUUGCGUCUAAGUCAAGUUUUAAGCGACGAAGGCAACAUAAGCACUAAAAUAUUUUAGGUGAUCACUGAUUGAUGGUCGCUCUUUUUGAUCGUUUUGUAAAAUACAUACCCAAAACUAUACAUUCAUGGUUUUAUCAUUUUUUUUUCAUUCGAUUUGUAGUGUUUUAAGAGG